AUGCCCCGGCACUAUGCCUAUCAGCCCAGUCGUGAGCUACACGUGGUAGUUCUUGGCGCAGGUGGCGUGGGUAAGAGUUGCUUGACUGCCCAGUUCGUGCACAACGAGUGGAUCGAGAGCUAUGAUCCCACCAUCGAGGACUCUUAUCGCACCCAACUCCAGGUUGAUGGGCGCCAAGUCGUUCUCGAAAUCCUCGACACCGCGGGGACCGAACAAUUCGUCGCCAUGAGAGACCUAUACAUGAAGACCGGCCAAGGGUUUCUCCUCGUCUUCAGCAUCACCUCGUCCUCCUCAUUGAGCGAACUGGCCGGUCUGCGAGAGGAGAUUAUCCGCAUCAAAGACGACGAGAACAUCCCAAUUGUCAUUGUAGGCAACAAGGCCGAUCUAGAGGAAAACCGUGCUGUGCCCCGAGCCAAGGGCUUCUCCAUCUCGCAGCGAUGGGGGGCGCCAUACUACGAGGCUAGUGCCCGAACGAGGACAAACGUCGACGAGGUCUUCAUUGAUCUCUGUCGGCAGAUGCUGCGAAGGGACGACGAGCAACAAGCCCAAGGAGAUGGAGACGACGGGUACAAGUACGACGUGGGAGGUUCGCAGAAGAAGCGCCGUCGUCGCCGAAGAAAGGACUCACCCCGAUGCGCGAUUCUGUGA